UUCAGACACACAAAUAUAAGUAGAAAUUAGAUUCCCUAAGGAUUGAAGUGGAAUUGGGAAAGCAAAUUCAUGCUCAGUUCAUCAAUUGAUAUCUGUUUCUCUCCUAUACAGGUUACUGAAGAUAAGUCCGUUCCAAAUUCAAUGAAUGAAACAAAUCAAUCUAGAGUGACUGAAUUUGUGUUGCUGGGACUCUCUAAUUCCCAAGAACUCCAAUCUUUCUUAUUUGUCAUAUUUUCACUAUUCUACCUAGCAAUACUGCUGGGCAACUUUCUCAUCAUCCUCACUGUGACCUCAGAUUCCCGCCUUCAUACCCCCAUGUACUUUCUACUUGCAAACCUCUCUUUUAUAGAUAUAUGUGUUGCCUCUUUUGCCACCCCAAAAAUGAUUGCAGAUUUUCUGGUUGAGCGCAAUACUAUUUCUUUUGAAGCCUGUCUGGCCCAGAUUUUCUUUGUUCAUCUUUUCACUGGAGGCGAAAUGAUGCUCCUUGAGUCCAUGGCUUAUGACCGUUAUGUUGCUAUAUGCAAACCGCUCCACUACCUGACAAUCAUGAGCCACCGUGUAUGUAUUAUUCUCGUUCUCAUCUCCUGGUGUGUUGGCUUCAUCCAUACUACUAGCCAGUUGGCAUUUGCUGUUAACUUGCCUUUUUGUGGUCCAAAUCAGGUAGAUAGUUUUUUCUGUGACCUCCCUCUAGUGACCAAGCUGGCCUGUAUAGACACUUAUGUUGUCGGCCUACUAAUAAUUGCAGACAGUGGCUUUCUUUCCAUGAGUUCCUUCCUCCUCUUGGUUGUCUCCUACACUGUGAUACUUGUCACAGUCAGGAAUCACUCCUCUGCUAGCAUGGCAAAGGCCCGCUCCACAUUGACUGCUCACAUCACAGUGGUCACACUAUUCUUUGGACCAUGUAACUUCAUCUAUGUGUGGCCCUUUAGCAGUUAUUCAAUUGACAAAGUCCUUGCUGUGUUCUACACCAUCUUUACUCCCAUUUUAAAUCCUGUUAUCUACACCCUAAGGAACAAGGAAGUGAAGGCAGCUAUGUCAAAACUGAAGAGUCGGUAUCUGAAGCCUGGCCAAGUUUCUGCAGCCAUAAGAAAUGUUCUUUUCCUGGAAACAAAGUAAACUUACUGAACUGUUACCACUACAGCCUUGUCUCUAGACAUUUACAAAUGGAAGCUCUGUAAUGUUAAACCAAAUCAUUUUGACCAG